UCUGGUGGCCUUGCAUAACACACGUUAGAGCAGCCUUGCACGUAGGUCUUGGUGUGAGCUCUAGAAGUGGGGAACUUCCUUUACCGUCAGCUCGUUGCAGGGGCAGCAUACCCUCCAAAAACCGGAAUUCAGAGGCAGAGACAGAGAGAGAGGGAACGAGAAGGAGGCAGAACAGGAGCAGCUUUACAGCACAGGCUCCAGGAGAGGAGAGCAGCACAAAGGAGAGAACGGGAAGAGGAGUCCUACUAGGAAACACGUCUCUAACACAGACGCACACGCGCUGACAGGCAGGAAGAAUCCUCGGACAUGCUCUGCAAGCAGUGGCUGUGGUGAGACUGAUUCCCAUCGACAUUGUGGAAGAGGCGGAUCGAUCAGAGAUGAUUCCUCAUGAAGUCUUUGGGGCUCAUUUUGUGAGCAGGAGUGACUCCGUCUUCUCCGGUGUGAGACCCUGAACAGUGAAAACAAACAACAGAGGCAGAGUCACCAAGCCCAGAGAGGCUGGCCCUGCAUAUAACCACUGAGGGGAGGUGAGACAGAGAGAAAGUAGCCUCAGAGGGACCUAGAAGCAGUGCCAGGGAAUAUUAAAACCGCAGCGGCACAAUGAAAUCUAACCAAGAGCGAAGCAAUGGAUGCCUUCCUCCUAAAAAGCGUGAGAUCCUGGCUAUGGAGCAGAGGCCAGUGGUAGUAGCAACAGCAACACCACCUGCUGCAGUUGCAUCUGAUAGUCCCCACACAGAAAACCUAGCAUGGCUGGCCAGUGUAGCCAGUGAACGCUGCAAAUCCAGGGAAGUAGAAAGCCCUAGAUGUCCCGUCUCCUCUGCUUCCUCCUCUUCUCCCUCCACUUCUAUUCCUUCUUCAGCCACACCUAUAUCUGCCCUACCCUUGGCCUCUCUGCCUGCAGUUUACCCCGCAGCCCUACCCCAGCAAGCUGGAACAAUCCAGUUUGCUCAACUGGGACCUAAUGUUCAGUUCAUCAGCUCUGGGCCCUAUGCAGGAUACAUAUCCUCUCAUAUCAUUUCAACAAAUGCUAAUUCUGUGCAAAACAGCUCGACCAUAGUAGGACAGCGUCCCCAGCUGGAUGGUUACACCACUGCCCUUAUCUCGCCCAACACCAAAGGGGAGCAGCAGUUUCAAAUAGGUCUCUCCCCCACCGAACUGGCCCCCGUGUCACUCCCAAGCUCUCCUCAAGUCACCAGCCAGUACAUCCACCUGGACAGCAGAGCACCUCUGACUGUCAGCGGAAAUGCCGUCGCCUCACCUACGGCCCAACUUCAGCUCCACCCUCACACAGCCGUCCUCCCCCAGACGCUUACCCUUGCUCCUUCCCAGCUUGUGGUCCAGUAUGCAGAUGGUUCAGCUGGAAAGAAACCAGAAGGGCACGCUAAGGCUGUGCUGAACGGGGAAGUGGAGGUAGCCAAACAGGCAAAAGCCACUAGUCAGCCAGCAAACCAUCAGCAGGUGCAGAGUUAUGAGGCCAGACAUAUCCUCCUACCUGCUGACUAUGGCCAAAACCCUGCAGGACUCCAGACCUCUUUGGUGCUUGUGGCCCAGCCCAACCAUGGAGUUGAACACGAACCUGGCUCAAAUAAGAUCUCUUUAGUCCAGACUGAGAAAGGAGGGAUUUGCUUGGGAAAGCCAGUGUCCAGACCUUCGUCUUUUGCCUCCUUUUCUUCGUCAGAAGUGGUGAAGUCUGUUGCUCCACAUACUGUCAUCCAGACCACUCUACCCCCUGACGAGAUGCCAGCCAGUCUCUACUCUUCUACACAGGCACCGAUCAUUGGCUAUAUAACAAGUGCAAACCAGCAUACUGUCAGCUACCACGCAGCACUGCCUCCGCACCUGGUCAUCCCGAGUGGCCAAUCCCUCCUCAUUCCAGUCAGCAGUUCCAAUAACUGCACAGAAAUGGAGGUUAGUCGUACUGUAAGUGCCCUCACCGCCACCACUACCCCUCAGAUAUCCACCGCCAUGCCUCAUGCCUAUCUGGCCACAGCCCUGUCCAAGUGUGAGGCACUAGGGCCAGAUGGAAAUCAACCACCCACCGCAGUUGCACAGGCUCCAGCAUUGUCAGUACUGCCUUCAAACCCGAUUCCUGCAGUGGUGGCUACUCCCUCCCCGACUCCCACUCCGGUUCCCGCUUCUGUCCCUGCUGCCAUCCAGGCCUCCCCCUCGGUUUCCGCUUCCUCCUCUCCUGUGGCGCUUCCUCCUUUCUUCAUGCGGGGCUCCAUCAUCCAGCUGGCCGAUGGAGAGCUGAAGCGUGUGGAGGACCUCAAGACAGAGGACUUCAUCCAAAGCGCUGAGAUUAGCAGCGAGCUCAAGAUUGACUCCAGCACCGUGGAGCGUAUUGACAGUGGUCAAAGUCCUAAUGCUGUGGUUAUACAGUUUUCUGUAGGAGAGCUCAAAGCCCAGGUGUGUGUGGAGGUGCUGGUGGAGUAUCCUUUCUUUGUCUUUGGCCAGGGCUGGUCGUCGUGCUGCCCUGACCGGACCACACAGUUGUUUGAGCUGUCCUGUGCUAAGCUCUGUGUGGGGGAUGUGUGUGUGUCGCUGACCCUCCGUGGCAUAAGGAAUGGUUCUCUAACAGACAGCUCAGCUUUGGGGAACAAGCUAAAGCCCGGCCACCUCUCUGACUCCUGUCACAACAUGGAUCCCAAUCUAAGGAACAGUAUGAGUGCAAACUCUGUAGGCAGUAACAACGGUCUUCUCAUGAAGGCUUCCAAUGGAGACAGACUGGAGAGGCAGCAGGCCACUGGUCCGGGACCAGGAGUAGACCUACCAGCAGGAUUGGGAAUACUUCCAGGACAGGCAGAAGGGAUCUACAGAGCUGGACCUGUGCUGGCAGUCUCUGGGACUGGAGACGUAAGACAGGAAUCAGUGAAAACAGACAUGUCUACUCUGUCUAAACAACAAUGCAGUGAGGCAGAGAGACCUGCAGUCCGCAAGAGACGCUGGUCAGCACCGGAGCGAGACCAGACUGAGAGAGCUGAGGACGAGCCUCCCGUGACUCUGCCCAAACCCUCCUUCCUCCCUCACGAGGUCAAAAUCAGCAUAGAGGGCCAUUCACGUACAGGGAGUGAAAGAUGCUUGAACAAAAGAGUAGACUGUUGAGAGAAUUUUAAACACCUGCGAGAUGCGUUGUUUAGUCCCCACCCCCAACCUCCUUCUUGUUUCUCUCUAUCCAGACUACUGUAAUAUAAGACUGAGUUUACGCAGUAUUUACAUGUUUUCUUUUCUUUCAUACAAGUCUGAUACAUAUAAUUAAGGACAGCGGAGUACCUUCAUAAGUGGUAUCACACACAAGAUCAGUGCAAUCAAUGCUGAAAGCAAAAAUGAAUGCAGAGUGAAUGUUGAGUACGAAUGGCUGGCACACAUCUGAGAGUCAUUUGGUUUGCGUGUCACAUAUCAUAAGCUGGCUCUCCGUUGGAGAUGGACUUUAAACAUGGUGGAUGCAGGUCAGUUAACCAUUUAACAAGAGCAAGCACAGACCCUGACGUCAGUGUUUAGAAAGUCGGUAAAUAUAUUUCGGUUUGGUUGUGAUUCACUGUUAAUUUGGUUUGUUGUGGUGCAAGGGAGUCGAAGAGAGACCUUCUGAUGUUUUGAUGAGAACGCUCAGUCAUAACAACGAUAAACUCUGAGUUUUAGAUUAUUUUUCUUUUUAUGCCGUUACAAAUCCAUAUGCUACUGCAGGUGGCCUUGUCUGUGUAUGUGUGUGUGUGUCACUGAGUGUUUGUGCCUGAGCGUUGGUCUCUGUGUGUGUGUUUUUUCCAUGUCUGUUAAACAGACCACAGGAUUAAAGCGUGCAUGUUGCUGGAAGCUAUGAGCUCAGUUGUUAACCUGUAAAUCAAGACUGAUAAGGCCUGAAUGUAAACCACUCAGUCUGUCCUCAGUACUGACUCGCGUUUGCCACGCCACUCACAAGAUAAGGUGACGGCAGCUGCACACAGAUGCAUUCCUCUGGUAAAGUUCCUUUGUUGACUUUGCCUCAAUACCUUGACCUUGAGUUUUAGUCUCAUACUCCCUUUCAGCGACUGCGUGCUUCACUAAAUUACAUCUGUCGUUAGCUGUGGCUGCUGUGUACAGUGUUUCAGAUCCAUACAAACAGAGAUAAUUCAAGGUAUUUCUAUCUAAUAAAGUUUCCGCUAAUUCCUGUGUGGAUUGAGCCCUAAUACUGCAAUGCAAAACAUAGCUGGCUAACUGCAUUAACUAAUGAGGCACCCGGAAGACACAGAGCAACGUUCAUUUGGAGUGUUUUUCAGACAGCCAGGAAGACCUUAAGUCCACUUUAUCAUACUUUUUAGCUUUUUUUGUAACCACAUCCUGAAGAGUAUAUCUGGCGCUUGCUAAUCUCUGCAUCACUCUGCUAGUUGCUGACACGCUUGUCUGCUGUUUGGUGCUGGACGAGUACAAGCUAACUGAAAUCAGCUGCCAGUAAGAGUGUAGAGAGUAUGUUGCAGGCCACAACUGCACAAUAUUAAACUGAACGAUGCUGAACAGCUCUGUGGCUCUCUUAUUAUUGCAGUGAGCUUGCUUUCAUUACAGAAUCUAUGGCCUUAGAUCUAUAGUAUGUAUGUAGUUCACAGCAGCACAUGGUUCUUUGGGUUUUUCUGUUAAAAACCUUAAAGGCAGUGUGCCUUUCUUAAGCCCAUAUAUGUAUUUCAGAGCACUGCUGUUCUGAUUAAAACAGCAAACUUUACUUUCUGACAGUAGAUUAGUGGACAUGUUAUUUCUUUCCUAAAGAAAUAUCCUACAAUUCAUACUCAGGAACAAUAUAUGUCUGUGUGCGUGUGAGCAGCCAGUGUAUACUAUGUGUGUGAGUGUGUGUACGUGUAGGCCUGAAACAGUGUUGUGUAUGUCCACAGUCAUGUGUACAUGUGUGUUUUGACAGCAGCACUUUGAUGAAGCGUCCGAAUGGAGUGUGGUGGCGGUGUCCCUCCUACUCAGCUACUAUUAGAUAUUAUGAGAAUAACUGACUGUUUUUCAUCGCAUCACGUCCUAAAGGUUUAUCACUGAGAGAGAGAGAGAAAAAGCAUUAUAUAGCGGAGCAGGGAAUGUAAACACACAUUGGGCAAACUUUAUUUUUGAUGAUUUAUAGAGCUACUAUUCAGAGAAAGAAAGAGAGAAAUGCAGAGUUAACUAGCCAGCUAGUGUUGAUCAUGUACAGUGCAUUGUAAUCUAGAAAGUGUACAGUGUGUAUUUAACCCUUAUGUAGCCUAUGUACUGUAUGUGCCACGGCACCUCCUUCUUCAAUCAUUCCAUUAAUGCACCAAAACCAAGUGGUCCUAUCGUUUUUGUCACUUCUGGUAUUGAUCAAAUGUCAAUGAAUGUGCUAUACCUCUUCAUAAUUAGGGCCUCCUCAGACGUAGUUUGAUUUGCACACUGCAACGUUACAGUAUGUGUGAAUAUGGACUGCAGUUUCUCAUAAUAGCCAUUGAACUCCUAAAAGGUGUUUAUUGUAAACCCAAGUAACCAGACUGUUCUGUUUGUGUUUGACUGCUCAGGCUAAACACUGCCCAGUGACUGUUCUCCAAAGCUACGUGGUCUUAUAUCCUACUCACUGUUACAAAGCAGAGCUCCUGUUUGAUCCAUUUCUUUUUCCUAGCCUGGCCCAUGUUUGUAUUUUCCUAAAGCAAAUUAUUUUUCAACUGUAAUGACUCCAUGACACAGGAAAAAAUAUUUGAAAUGUCAAGUUAAUGUUUA